UGGCCUUUGGAGUCCACCAACAGUCUCAAUUGUUUUGACUAGGAACAGUCUUUUUUUUCUCUAGUAUAUUCUCCUUCGAAUUACAUUUUAACCCUUUGAAUGUUUCCCUUUCAGUGUCUCUUUAAUGUGUUUUCUGCUUGAAAAAUCUUUGUUUUUGCUUCAGAUUCCGGGUAAUUUCUUCUGGAGAGGGUAGUCCAGUUUCGAUCCUACCCAAUUGGUGUUUCUCUCUAGUGAUCUCUGUACUGACGUCCAAUCGGGUGUCUAACCCUAUAGAAAUGGGGAUAUAUCUUAGCACCCCCAAAACUGAGAAGUUCUCUGAGGAUGGUGAGAAUGAUAGACUUAGAUAUGGUCAGUCAUCCAUGCAAGGAUGGCGUGCAACAAUGGAAGAUGCACAUGCUGCAUAUCCUGAUCUGGAUUCAACUACUUCAUUCUUUGGUGUAUAUGAUGGGCAUGGAGGCAAGGUUGUUGCGAAGUUUUGUGCAAAGUACCUUCACCAGCAGGUUCUCAAACAUGAAGCAUAUGCAGCUGGAGAUAUUGGAACAUCAGUUCAGAAAGCAUUUUUCAGGAUGGAUGAGAUGAUGCGUGGACAAAGAGGAUGGAGGGAGUUAGCUGUUUUGGGUGAUAAAAUAAACAAGUUUACUGGCAUGAUAGAAGGGUUGAUAUGGUCUCCGAAGGGUGGUGAUGGUAAUAACCUAGUUGAUGAUUGGGCCUUUGAGGAGGGCCCUCACUCCGAUUUUGCUGGACCUACUUCUGGAAGCACAGCCUGUGUUGCAAUUAUUAGAAAUGACCAGCUUAUUGUUGCAAAUGCUGGCGAUUCUCGUUGUGUGAUAUCAAGGAAGGGUCAGGCUUACAAUCUGUCUAGAGACCACAAACCUGAUCUUGAGGCUGAGAAAGACAGAAUUUUAAAGGCUGGUGGUUUUAUACAUGCAGGACGAGUCAAUGGCAGUUUAAAUCUUGCAAGAGCAAUAGGUGACAUGGAGUUCAAGCGCAACAAAUUUUUGUCUGCUGAUAAGCAAAUAGUGACUGCAAAUCCAGAUAUAAAUACUGUUGAGCUCUGUGAUGAUGAUGAGUUCAUUGUGCUGGCAUGUGAUGGAAUCUGGGAUUGCAUGUCAAGCCAGCAACUGGUGGAUUAUAUCCACGAGCAACUAGCCUCGGAAAGCAAGCUUUCUGUUGUGUGUGAGAGAGUACUAGACAGGUGCUUGGCACCAUCAACAGCUGGUGGGGAUGGAUGCGACAACAUGACGAUGAUCUUGGUGCAGUUCAAGAAGCCAAUGCAGUCUGCAACUACUGCAGAAGAACAAACCUCAAGUUCUGAGUCCGUAACCACUGAAUCAAAAUCAGAGGAAAGUAAAGCAGAGUAGACAUGCGGUUCUACAAAUUGGUAUCUCGGAUCUUGUAGCGUCCUCCAUGGGGUUGAAAAUUUGUAUUUUCAUACAUGUAUUAGAUGGUUCAUCAAAAAAAUAAAUGGAUGAACUUGUUAAGAAAAAAAAAAAUGACGAUUUAGUGGGUCUUUAGGGUUGACUUAAUAACGCUUUUAGAUUCUUGACUGUCCAGAGAAUCUCUUUGGUUUCCAUUGAUUACUCAGUUAAUCUUAGUAUUACAUUUCU